CAGAGAGCAACAGUGUGCCGCGCGACGCCGACGAGCGAGCGUUGCGGAACCUGUGGUGAUCGUGCAAACGCGUGUUUCGGAGUCCGAGAACCGGCAACAGAACAUCGGUGCACGCGGCUACUUUUUUACGCGACAACAGUGAAAUGCUUCGAAAAUAAAGAACUUUCUGCAAACACAUUAGCGAAGAAAGUGAGAGUGCAAUCGUGAGAUCGUUCGGAGCUACCCUUCUAGGAGUGAAAAGUAAAGAACGAUUUGUACACCCGAGACUCCUGCGUGGUUCUAUCGAAAUCACGGUGUCUCGAGAAAUGAUAAGUGUAUCGUAAUCCGCAUAUGGCUCGCUCGAUCUCGUCAAGGAGAUUCGUGCCAAAUUUCCACCUGGCCGUUUCUCCGCGAGAAGAGACGCUCGAACGAUCGCAAGAAUCGUAGUGUGAUUCGCGAAGGGAUACCGUGUGGAGUUCCGAAGGAUACGUGUUGAAGAGUAAAAGCAGCGUUUUGGAGAAAACGUAUGGUGUUCGAGUGAUUCGUGAAGGAAAGGCACACAGUGCAGUUCGAAGGAUACAUGUUCGACGUUGAGAAAUAAAAAUCGAGUUGUGUGUUGUUGUGAUACAAAGUGGUCGUGCGAGCGACUCAGCCGCGAGGGAGGUGUCGAUAUCGUUGAAGGAAAUGUGCUGCUAGCGAAUCGGCAAGGUGUCGCCCGAAUUUUUGAGCACGCUGAGGUGGAGGAUGGAGGAGUUGGAGACGCUGGAGAGCACGGAGUGCCCCGAGUGUCCGGGGCCACCCCCUGAGUUCCGGUUGCCGCCACCCCCUCGGCCACCGUUCCUCACCGACGGCACCUUUUGCUCGGAAGAACCUCUCACCGAGAUCGAAGACUGCGUCGCCAUUCCGAUGAUCGAUGCGUCGUACCACACGAACCCAUCGUUGCAGAGCACCGCGCUGAUCAUCACCUGUGCGGUGGUACUCCUGCUGAUGGCAGCGAUCGUGUCCGUCGUCUUCUGGAAGCACAAGCGGAAAGUGCAGAACCUGUUACCGUGCAAGAGCGCAGCAGGA